AUGAGGUUAAAAUUUAGAUUAACUGCACCAGUUCAGUUAGAAUCUGGAGCUAAAGAUGAACACCGCACCGCUUUCUUUGGAGAGGACGUUCAUAUUCCGGUGCCGGCUUUAGACACAACAGAGGUGUUGUUCAAGCCGAGGGUGGAUCCGGUGUUAGAGCGGGUUCUCCUGCGAGACGGGAAAAUUCUGGACCCAAGAGCCAAACUGAACGUUCACAUCAGCCAUUUGAUCCUGGAGGAUGUGGGCGAGGAGGAUGAGGGCACAUAUGUGGUGAAGAAUUCUGCGGCCCCGGCUGAUGUCAGACGAAUCAUUCUUAUUGUUAGAGACUGUGCUCUGGAGACCGUGGUGAAAUAUGGAGACACAUAUCAUAUCCCGAUCAACCCUUCGAUUGGUCCAUACACCCUUGAGUUCAGGCCUGCAGCUCAUACUCCAGUUAACCAGACCACAGAGGAACCACCUGUGCUGCUUCUCAACCAGACCGGCAUCCCCACGCAAGAGUACAAGCACCGCCUCACCGGGGGCGAGAAGAGGGUCAACCUCCAUUUGGUUACAGGAGCCGAUGAGGGUAGCUACACUGUGGUGGACAGUGAUGAAAAAGUCAGAUUGAGAGCAUGCCUCAAUGUGAAAGACCACCAGAUCUUUGAGCACUUGAAUUAUGGUGAAACCUUGAAGAUCAAGCUUCAUGUGGACCACACCAAAGUCAAAAUGGUCUACAUCCCAGACACUGACCACAAGGAACGACUCAUCAUGGACCAGGGGGAGAUGACGGUACCUGUCGACUCUGCUCUUGAGGGUCGAGCAUCUGUUGAAGGAUCCAUGUUCUACCUGAAGAAGGUCAAAGUCCGUGACAUGGGUGUCUUUCGAGUGAUGGACUUUUCUGGCUUCCGCAUAGCUGACGUCUACCUUCACGUGGAGCCCUAUAAGCUGCCACAGCUGUAUGUGGCGAUCAUCUCCUUGCUGUCCUUGCUGGCGUUCCUGCUGUUGGUGUGUCUGCUGUCCUGUCUGAUUAAGGUUCACCGUCGGGCGGAUAAAGCAAGAAAGAUCGCCCUAAUCGCUCAACAGGCUGGCAAGGGCGAUGGAGAGGCGUUCAGACAGGUGGUUCAUGAAGCUUAUACUAGAUUCUCAGAGGAGCCCACUGUACAGUCCACAUGGGAGAACAACACCGAGAGCACAGAAGUUGAGAUCAAAGGUCUUGAGGUAUCAAAACCAGGUCAGUACCAGGCCCUCCAAUCUGAGAAGAACUUCUUGGAGAUGAAUGACUCGGGCGUGGAGUUCAACUCGUCUGCGCUCCCUCUUGACAGUGACACAGACGUACCCGACAAUCUCACCUCUCAGAAAAUGAAGACCAGCAAUUGA